AUGAAGAAUUAUACUGAUCGAUGCUUCUCGUCUCAAUUCAUGGCUUGGCGCUUCUUCUCCUUCCUCUCAACCUUCAAAUCCUCCAAAACCCUAAACCCUAAUUCCUUCUCCUCCACAGCACCAUUCUCCACCUCCUUUCUCGUCACCAAAACCCCCAAAAAAUUCAAGAAAAAACGCAAGCCCAAACCCAGCCCGCGAACCACCCCGGUCCAGACACAGCCCAACCUAAUCCCCUCUCUCGAGCGCAUUCUCCACCGCGACGCCCUGCUCCGCUUCGUCACGCGCUCCAAGCAGUUCCUCUCCGCCCAGCCGGAGCACGUCCUCCGCCUCGACGACGCCGGCAAGCUCCACCGCGAGCUCGGAUUCCCACGCGGCCGCAAGGUCUCCCGCUUCAUUCAGCGCCACCCCCUCCUCUUCGAAACCUACCGCCACACCGACGGCAAGUCCUGGCUCGGCUUCACCGACCUCAUGGAGGAACUCCUCGCAGAGGAGCACUCCCUCAUGGACGCAAUGGAACUGAACCGCGUCGAGAAGGUUCGCAAACUCCUCAUGAUGUCCGCGCGCCACCGCAUCCCCCUUAGCAAAAUUCACCACUGCAGAACCCUCUUCGGCAUCCCGGACGAUUUCCGCGACAGGGUCACCAAAUACCCUGAUCUUUUCAAAAUCGCUGUUGACAGCGACGGCAAGAGGGUGCUCGAGUUGGUGAAGUGGGACCCACUUCUCUCCGUGAGUGCGCUUGAGAGGGAGUUCGUUGUUGACGAGGAUUCGGCUAAGCGGAAGUUUAGAUUUCCGGUGAAGUAUGGGAAGGAUUUGGAUUUGGAAUUGGAUGAUAAUAGGAAGCUUGAUUUACUGAACGCGCUUCCCUUGGUAUCUCCCUAUUCGGAUGGGCAUAGGUUUGAUGUUUGGACGUUGGAGGCGGAGAAGUAUAGGGUUGGGGUUAUUCAUGAGUUCUUGAGCUUGACGUUGGAGAAGAGGGCGUCCAUUCAUCACCUUGUGGAGUUUAAGGAGGAGUUUAGUUUGACUAAGCAUACUUAUCAGAUGCUGCGGAAGCAGCCACGAGCAUUUUACUUGGCCGGAACUGAGAUGAAUUGGGCAGUGUUCUUGAAGGAUGCGUAUGAUGAGAAUGGGGUUUUGAUUGAGAAGGACCCCCAGGUGGUGUUUAAUCAGAAGCUUCAUAAGUAUGCUCAGUUGGACCAAAUGGAACCUGAUCUCGAGGUGGAAGAGCAGCAGCAUUUGACUUGA